CGCUGGUGCUGAUGCAGACAGACAGAAGCAUCCUGCCGGACAUAAACCACAGGACGUGUUUGAAAGUGAUGCUUUGACGUUCGAAGGGCUUUCUGAGACCCGCGCCACUGCCAUGGCGGUGCGCUCUGACCUGUGGGGUACAGCUCAGCCGGUGUUUGAGACCUGGCCCGCAGGCGGUAGCAGUCCUGUGGAGGAGCUGGAUGUGAGGAGUUUCCUGAGCUCACUGAUGGAGGAGAACAGCACAGCAGAGAGAUGUUAUCGCUCUCACUCCCGCAGCAGCGUCCUGCAGGGCCUGCCUUUCGGAGGAGUCCCCACCGUCCUCGCCAUCAACGUCGUUCUGUGGCUGUUCCUGCUUCUGAUCUUCUCCUGUUUGAGGAAGGCAGCGUGGGACUACGGCCGCCUGGCUCUGCUUAUGGAAAAUGACAGCUUGACAUCACUAUUCUAUGGAGAACAAAGUGAGAAAGAGAAAACCCCGUCAGAAUCCAGCCCAUCAGACUCAGAGACCAAGGACAUGGGCUUCUGUUCCUGGCUAACAUCUCUGUACCACAUGAAGGAUGAAGAGAUCCGCAGUAAAUGUGGCAUUGAUGCGAUCACGUACCUUUCUUUCCAGCGUCACAUCAUCCUGCUCAUGAUGGUGGUGUGUUUGCUGUCGCUCACCAUCAUCUUGCCUGUCAACCUCUCUGGGAACCUCCUCGGAGAUAGCCCACAGAAUUUCGGCCGAACAACAGUGGCUAAUGUCCCCGCACAGAAUAUAUUUCUGUGGCUGCACAGCAUCUUUGCUCUGCUGUAUUUUGUGAUCACAGUACUGUGCAUGGCCCAUCAUUCCUCACGACUGGAAUACAGAGAUGAUGAGAAGGUUGGUGAAAAGCUUAUUGUGAAAGACUACAGCCGAGCUCGCUGCCGCCACAGACCCCAGCAGUCCAGCAUUACCACAGUGGUGCGGUCCCAUCAGUGGGGCGUUUCUUACGCCCCGGCCCCUAAUGACAUCAUCUGGGAAAAUCUGUCAGUGUGCGGUUCUCGCUGGUGGCUCCGCUGCGUCCUGCUCAACAUUCUGCUCUUCCUCUUGCUCUUCUUUCUCACAACCCCUGCUAUCAUCGUAAACACUAUGGACAAGUUCAACGUCACUCGGCCGGUUGAAAGCUUAAGGAACCCAGUAAUUACCCAGUUCUUCCCCACCCUGCUCCUGUGGGCCUUUUCCAUUCUCCUGCCCUUCAUUGUGUACUAUUCAUCUUUUUUUGGGUACCACUGGACCAGGUCCGGUGAGAAUCAGGUCACCAUGCAUAAAUGCUUUUUACUGCUUGUCUUCAUGGUAAUCAUUCUACCAUCACUGGGUCUAUCCAGCCUGGAUUUGUUCUUCAGGUGGCUCUUUGACAUCCACUUCCUGGAUGAAACAGAUGUUAAGUUUCAAUGUGUGUUUUUGCCUGAUAAUGGAGCUUUUUUUGUGAACUACGUGAUCACGUCCAGUCUGAUCGGAACGGCUAUGGAGCUUCUGCGUAUUCCUGCUCUUCUGGUGUACUCUCUACGCCUUUGCUUUGCCAAAUCUAAAGCUGAACGCAUACAUGUUAAAAGAAGUCAGGCCUACGAGUUUCAGUUUGGUCUUGAAUAUGCCUGGACCAUGUGCAUAUUUUCAGUCAGUAUGACCUACAGCAUCACCUGCCCCAUCAUUGUACCUUUUGGGUUGCUGUACCUUGUACUGAAGCAUAUGGUAGAUCGCUAUAAUAUCUACUAUGCCUAUUUACCCACAAAGCUCAGCCAGCGGAUCCAUUCGGCCGCCAUCAGUCAAGUGGUGGUGGCGCCCAUUCUCUGCAUGUUCUGGCUGCUGUUCUUCUCUGUGCUCAGACUGGGUCCAGUGCAGCCCAUCAGUCUGUUCACUUUCAUAACUCUCUUGUGCUGUAUUGCCUUCUCCUGCUUUGGCUUCUGUCUGAAAAAACUACGACCUGACAGAUCAACAAGCUAUCAGAUGUCCGAUCAGACGACAGAAGGAGGCUUCACUGAUGCGGAAAGAAGCACCGUUUCCACCACAGCCACAGCUAAUCUUUUUAUAGCCUCUGUCUUGCUGGAGCCAGAGCUGGGCCUGACUCCCAUGCCCUCUCCGGCCCACCAGAGCUACGGCACCAUGGGGAACAACCAGAGUUCAGUGCAUGACGCCGAAGGGGUGGAGGAGAAGGAUCUGGAGGAAACUUUGGAGACUGAACUCAAGGAUGAGCCAAAUCCCAGCUGCCCGAGCCCUCUUAUGGACAGUCCUGUGGGUUUCCAGUGACCAACCUGCCCCCGGUUCCCACUCCCUAACGCUCAAGCCCCAUGCCUCAUCUUAGCUAGUGGCUGAUAAAGAGGCACUAUGCUGCAAAAUGUUUCCUCUACAACCUCCAUUUACAAGUAAAAGGCAACAAAUUGCGGACAUCCAAGCAAUCUGCUUCAAAAAGCUUGUUGGGAAUUCACUGACAUGGUGGUUUUAGUUCUGAGGACUUUGAUGAGCUUUCAAGGAAGUAUCUGAAGUGGAUAAAAGCAAAGAUCUGUCAAAGAACGAGACCAGCCACUUCUCUUGCUUGGACUACACUUUCUACUUUCUUCUGUAUUUUUCUUUUCUCUCUAAUGACGUUAAUGGGUGUCUGGUGGGUUGGUUGACUGAGGCUUGGAACAUUGUAUUUCAACAGAUGUUUCAAUUUACUUUUUUUAUGCAUAGUCACAUUGUAUAGCUCCAAAGAGUUGAGACAUCCAAAUCUUAUUCGCUUAUUAUUAAUCCUUUUGCUGUUGUUGCAGUUUGUGCUUAUUAUUGUUAUUUUUAUUCAGUACUUGUAUUUUAGCAAUGGUACAACAUUAUGCUGAGAGCGCAUUGUUUUCAUGUGUUUACUAUUAUUAGAUUAUUAUUACUGUUAUUAACACCCUCAACCUUUAUUGCAGUGUGCACCAGAGUCAGUCACUCUCAGUUAUUAUUUGUUUUACAGUGACAAUAGCAGUUGUGUUGUGCAUACUGCAGUCAAUUGGCACUACAGUAGACUUCAAAGUCAAUGAGGCACUCAUUCCAUAAUUUGUUUUUUUUCCUUUCCUGUGAAAUUCAAUCAGUUGUUUGGUCUGUGGGAGAGAUGUGAGGACAUUCGAAAGUGAGCUUUUCACGGACUAAUAUACAGUCUAAUUUAGCAGACUUCACUUAAUGAACUGGAAAAAAAAAUAUCUGCAAAAACAAUCAGUUUGUAGGAAAAAAGAAAACAAACAGAGAUGUUAAAGGAAUAAUCAAAAAGACUUACGCUUUGUUGGCAUAAAUUUAACUCGCUCAGUUUCUACAGUAACACACUUACAAUAUGGUCUAUGGAGCAUUACAGAAGGAUUAAAGCUCGAAAAACCAUUUAUAUUAAUGCUCCAGGCAAAUAAAUAACCACUGACUUCUAAAAUUAAACAUGGUCUUUUUUGGACAACAAAUUAAGUAAUUCCUAUAUGUUCAGAAUCACUUUUGUCAUUGAGUUCAUACCUUCCUACUUCAGCAUUUAAUACCAGUUAUUAUAAACUAUGAGUUAUAUAAACUAUGAUUUGUUUUAAUAGUUGUAUUUAGUCAAAUUUGUUUCAGUUGUAUGUUAUUUGUGCCAUUAACAUUACUCCGCUUUGUAAAAAUUACUCGCGGUUCAGUGAGGGAAUCAGUUGGUAGAGGGAAUCAACUUGGUAGCGGUUCAGAACAAUUUCCUGACUGAUUCAAAUAGUAAUUCAUGAGCGAACUCGAGGCUGUUACGUGAAUCUUUUUGACUUAACGAACCGAUUCGCAAGAGUCAUUUUGUUACGAAUCGGACAUCCCGCUCUUUGUUCCUUGUUCUAAGGAUUGUCGGACAGAACCACAUUUGAGCGUGAAGUCUUUCACAGCUUGUUUUUACAUUGUUGUUGCGCAUUUUAGUCACCGUCUAGAGCCCUGUGUAUUAAUAUAAAAGUGUGUUAUUUGAACUGUAAGUCAUUUUAGGUUUACAUCAUCCAAAAGACGAAAAAUUAAGAUCUAAAUUUGAUCAGACAAGGUAAGCGGUUUUUCAUGAUAACAUAUAUUUACAUUUUGUGGUUCUAGAAUUGAACCAUGUAUUUUAGCAUCUAUUCUGGUCCAGUUCACUAAGCCCAUAGACUUUUAUUGUAUGUUUAUUACUAUGAAUACAAUUUUUGUUUGUUUUUACAAAUUAAGUGAUGAGUUGAAGUUGCUGAUGGAGCUUGUAUUAAAAUCAGAACAUUCCUUUAGGAAUCAUGAAAUCCAUUAAAUAUGUUCGUAAAAUGAUUUACAGGAAGUGUUAUGACACAAACUGAAAAUGGCACAUUGGCUGAUCCUACACACAAGUCUUCAAUUCCAGAGUCUCCAACUGCAUGUUGUUUAACUCUGUCACAUGCUCAAACCAGCCUGCAGCUGUCUUUAGAUCCGUCAAGUGUUGCUCGGGCUUCUGUAACACUUUAAUUUUCUUAGUAAAUUUUGUAUUCUUGGUCUUUGCUGCUAGUGGUUCUAGGACUGGAAGGGAAGGGGUGGGUGGACUCGGGUUUUCUUGCCAAACUGAAUGUAAAUGAGUUGUGAUUUGUACCGUGCUCUCUUGCUGUGCCUUGAAGAAACAGAUCUUAAGAAGUAAACAGAAAAAAAAAUGUUAUGUCUGACAAUCCAGCAUGACCUGCAAUAUGCUGCAUGGACUACAGAGCAAGAUAAGACAAAGAAGCUAAAUUCUAAAGCGCAUUCCACCAAUGAAUCAAUCAGGUGAGAGAUUCCUAACAAGUUUUAAACUUGACUUCGCCUCGAAACAUACUCUGUGCAAGUACAUAAAUGAUUCGAGCUAAGUUGUUGAUUUUGAUUUCUGAAAUGUGUCAGACUGUUGCAUUGCAUGUUGUCUUCUACAGUCAGUUUUAUACUCUUUCAGGUCAACUACUGUCAUGGCGAAGCAGCAGUUUGAGCAAGUUAAUUGCUAGCACGCAAAAAAAUAUUCAACAAGGCAAAUGCAUUGACCAAAUAUUUGCGUCUGCAUACUUGUGGAAAAGUAUGUUUCUGGCCAUACUGUUCAACAGUAAACAGUUGCAUUCCAAUCGCAUCGAAUUCACACUAAUUAUCAUUGGUUUCACAGUAUCUAUGAGAUACACAAACAUGCAAACACUCUUACGUCAAUGUCUUCAAUACCUACCUGAUAAACUGCUCUUGUGAGAUACUUUUUGAUAUUUACUUUUGUUCUGUUUGCAUUCGCAAGCUGUUGGUGUAUACAAAUGUGUUUUCGAUAUUCAGUGUUGGUUUACGGAAUGUGGCUUGAGGUGCCAUGUCUUGUGAUGGGGCGCUUAUGACAGUACAUUGCUGCACAUUGUUACAUUGCAGCAGC